AUGGGCUGUGCUCAAGGUAAAGCCAAAAAGGGUACGAUUAUGAUGCAAGCAAGCAGUGACAUGCUCUGUGUAUAUAAUAGAGACGCAACUAUACUAAUAAAAAGCUCCAAAACGCCAGGACGCUCUGAAGAAGUUCACUUUAAAUUAAGUGAUCCUGUACUUUUCUCAUCCCUAAGAGUUCAAAUUGCAUCAUAUGAUUUGUGGAUUUCCAAAUGUGUUUUGCCUGGUCUUGAUCCUAGGGAUCCAUCUAAAAGGGCAUGCCAAGAUUACUGCGUUUUUACCAAUGAUGAAACAAGCACUUUGCUUGGGGUUUUUGAUGGGCACGGGGCAUACGGAAAAGAGGUUGCUAAACUUUGUUCUGAGACAGUUGAAAAUUUUUUACCAGAGAACAAAGAAUUUUCUCAGGUAGGCUUUAUUUAGACUGAUCCUAAAGGAUUUUUAAUUGCCUUAACAGAAAAAUGCACUGAAGAGCUGCGAAAAAAUGAAAAUACUGUAGACUCAAAAUUCUCAGGAUGGUAUUUAUUAUUUAGCACUGCGGUUUUUGUGCUGCUAGCUGGGGAUUCGAUCCAUUCUGCAAGCGUAGGAGACUCACGAGCUGUGCUUGGGACUUCAUCUCCGCCAUCAGUUAUGCCAGCUCCUACAACUCAAAUCAGAGAGGAAGAAAGGAAACUUCUUGAAAAAGUUAAAAAAAGAAGGCAAAGCAACCCUAUGCUAGAAGUUCAAGCAGUUCAGCUGUCUAAAGAUCAAAAGCCUGAGGAUCCUGAAGAGCUUGAGAGAAUUACACAAAAUGGAGGAAGAGUUCAGAGAAUUACUGAUGCACUGGGAAACCAGGUAGGACCUUAUCGUGUAUGAGAACCAGAUUUGAAAGCUCCAGGACUUACAAUGAGCAGGUCUAUUGGAGAUAAAGGAGCUGCAUCUUUAGGGAUCAUUUCAACCCCUGUUUAUACAAAACAUAAAGUGCAUCCUUAUGCAGAUUUUUUUGUGGUCGCAGGGACUGAUGGGAUAUGGGAUGCGAUGGAUAACCAAGAUGUUGUCAACUAUGUUGAAUGCUAUCGUGAUAAAUGCAAAAGAGGAUGCGGUUCACCUCCGAUCGGAGAUCAAAUCACAAUUCAUAAUACAUGCAUAGCUCAGCUGCUAUGUGAAGAAGUAAGAGUCAGAUGAUUGACCAUUGUAGAGGAAGAAGAUGUCACAAUAGAUGAUAUUUCGUGUAUAGUCCUUGAACUCCAGCCGACAAUUCUGCCUUCUUCUGGGCAUGCUAACUCCCCCCUCCGUGAGUGAACAAAACCAUUAGAAAAAUCACUAUUUUUUGCCCAAAAACCCCACCCUCCGUGAGUGAACAAAAAUUUUUUAUGAAAACAAAAUUUGAUGUAUAAGUGAUAAUUAGUAUAAUGAAAUCUCGAGUUAAUUCUGUUUAAUUUUAAACAAAUUGCGUUUUAAAAUAUAAAUUUUAUAAUAUUUGCCUCCCAAUUCUCGCGAAGUGGAUUUUUAAAAAAAAAAAAAAAUUUUCUACAAAAUUUAUAUAUAAAUUUUUUUUUAAAAAAAAAAUUAACCCCUCCGUGAGUGAAACAAAUUUUUUUGUUCACUCACGGAAGGGGGGAGUAAGCGGCCUAUUCCAAAUGAAUAUGACCCAAUAAGAAGCAUUGGAGAAACAGCAAAUCAACAAGCGCCAACCAACCCUGUAAGAGAUCCUCGUAGAGGAAGCAUAGUUUUAUCUGGCUCUUAA